AUGUCCCAACUUUCCAUUGACGAUAUUAGGGUACUCUGCGAUGCUCAUUCGAAACCACUAGAAUUGCAUUUUCAAUACGGGACUGCAGGCUUCAGGACCUUAGGCAACACUCUUGACUCAGUGCUCUUCCGGGUGGGCAUCCUUGCUGGACUUCGAAGCAAGAGAUUGGAUGGCAAGACCAUAGGCGUAAUGGUCACAGCAUCCCACAACCCGGAAGCCGAUAACGGAGUGAAGCUGGUAGACCCCCGCGGUGAAAUGCUUGAAGCAGCUUGGGAGACACAUGCAACUGUCCUUGCUAACGCGUCUACAACGGACGACUUUUUGCAUGCUCUGGAUCUCUUUGUUCGCAACGUGAAGAUUGAUCUUUCGAAACCUUCACGCGUUGUUUAUGCACGUGAUACACGACCUUCUGGGGUGGCCCUCAUCUCAUCGUUGGAAGACGGGUUGAAAGCCAUCGGCGCUGAAGCGCGCGACGCAGGCGUCACUACGACCCCUAUUCUUCACUACCUUGUCAAGGCAAUCAAUACCAAAGGAACGAAGGAAAGCUACGGAGAUGAUUCAGAGGACGGUUACUUCAAAAAGCUUAGUGAUUCUUUCAAAAAACUGGUGGCUGGGAGGCCCAAAAUAACGCCACUGGUAAUUGACUGUGCAAAUGGCGUAGGGGCACCGAUUGCGGCCAAGCUUGUUGAAUACCUUGGAGAAAGUAUACCCCUUAUAUUGGAAAAUACAUCAAUCACGACCCUGGGAGCCCUUAACAACGCAUGCGGAGCAGACUUUGUGAAAACUAUGCAAAAGUUGCCUCCUUCGUUGGUUGAGGUACUCAAACCGGGACAGCGCGCGUGCAGUCUAGAUGGCGACGCUGAUCGUCUCAUGUAUUAUUAUCUGGACGAUCGUGGUUAUUUUUCGAUGCUCGACGGCGACAAAAUUGCAGCUCUUGUUGCGGCAUUCAUCGUCGACCUUGUCAAAUUAGCUGGCCUGGAAUCUACAAUCAAAGUGGGAGUUGUCCAGACUGCCUACGCCAACGGUGCUUCUACUAGAUACCUUGCCAAACGUUUACCAGUAAAAUGUGUCCCAACUGGCGUCAAGCAUCUUCACCACGCCGCUGAGCACUAUAACAUCGGAGUAUAUUUCGAAGCUAAUGGCCACGGCACCGUGUUAUUCUCCCCACAAGCUCAGGAAACGCUCGCGAACCAUGAGCCCUCUACGCCUGCACAGUCCACAGCCCUCAACCAUCUUGUUAAUUUGACCCACCUGAUCAACCAGACAGUAGGCGAUGCACUUUCGGAUAUGCUUCUCGUAGAAGUCGUUCUUGCCCACAAGUCUUAUACGGGUGUCGAAUGGAACUCCUUAUAUGCCGAUCUGCCUAACCGAUUGGUCAAAGUUGUCGUCAGUGACAGAAACGCGUUUAGGACCGAGGAUGCGGAACGCCGUCUGAUCAGCCCUUCCGGUUUGCAGGCGAAGAUUGAUGAACUUGUUCGGAGGUACGACGGGGGCCGCUCCUUUGUGAGGCCAAGUGGGACGGAAGAUGUUGUGCGGGUAUAUGCAGAAGCGAUAUUAAAGACUCAGGCAGAUGAACUCGCUUUCCGUGUUGCUGGAUUGGUUUAUGAUGAGGCUGGCGGAGACCCCUCGAGACGACCGAAAGAGUUUUUGUAA